AUUUUAAAAAAUUAAUAAAAUAUUACUAAUUCUCCAUCCUUAAAAUUUUCCGGGCCGGAGGAGGAGGUGUUAGCCUAGGAAUGAAGGUAUUCACUUUUCUGGUGGAUUUUAAUUUCCACAAGUGACAGCACAGGAAAAGGCAGCAGAAAAAGAAAAGUAAGAAGAAAGAGAGCGCGCCUAAAGUCUCGCCAAAAAUGGCGACGACGAAGCGAAAAGGUGGAACCACCAGGUCGGAGAGAACGAACCCAAGGGUUUGGCUAUACUCCGUUUUGCUCACUCUUCAAUACGGAGCCCAGCCUCUCAUCUCCAAACGCUUCACCAGACGUGAAGUAAUCGUGACUACAUCUGUUUUGACAUGCGAGUUAGCUAAGGUUGUAUGUGCCCUAAUUCUCAUGGUAAGAGAUGGUAGUUUGAAGAAAGUGUUCAGCCAGUGGACUUUGGUUGGUUCGUUGACUGCAUCCGGACUUCCUGCGGCAAUUUAUGCGCUGCAAAACAGCUUGCUGCAGAUAUCAUACAAGAAUCUUGAUUCACUCACAUUUUCAAUAUUGAACCAGACAAAAAUAUUUUUUACUGCAUUCUUUACAUACAUAAUGUUGAGGCAGAAGCAAUCAAUUCAACAAAUUGGGGCUUUGUUGUUGCUGAUAAUGGCAGCUGUUCUUCUAAGCAUUGGGGAAGGCUCUAGCAAAGGCUCUAGUAGUAGUGACCCCGAACAAAUUUUAUUUUAUGGGAUCAUUCCGGUCCUGGUUGCUUCUGUUCUCUCUGGUCUUGCUUCAGCUUUGUGUCAAUGGGCUUCUCAGGUUAAGAAACACUCGUCGUACUUGAUGACUGUAGAAAUGUCAAUUGUUGGAAGCUUGUGCUUGUUGGCCAGUACCACUAAGUCUCCAGAUGGAGAAGCUAUCAGACAGCAUGGAUACUUUUAUGGCUGGACUCCACUAACUAUGAUCCCAGUUGUAGCCAAUGCUCUUGGUGGAAUUCUUGUUGGCCUUGUCACAAGCUAUGCUGGUGGUGUGAGAAAGGGGUUUGUCAUUGUUUCUGCACUUCUUGUAACGGCCUUGCUUCAGUUCAUGUUUGAAGGGAAACCGCCUUCAGUGUACUGUCUUGUGGCUCUUCCACUCGUCAUGAGCAGCAUUUCAAUAUACCAGAAAUAUCCAUAUAGAGUUAAAAAGAAGGAAUCAUAAUCAACUUGUAGAUGGAGAAAGUACUGGUAUUUUAAAGAAGUUUCUCCAUGGCUACCAGAUAAGGAGACAAUGGCGCAAAGAAGCACUGCUUUGUUUUUUCUUCCCCUCAAAAUUGUAUGCAGUCUUCAUUCGACAAAAUUCGAUACUGAUUUCUAGCAAAAAGAAGAGAACAGGGUACUGAUUUGGGAUCCCUUUUGACUAUGGAUGACUAGUGUUCCUUAGAAUCUUAAUCUGUGUUUUGAAGCCCUUGUCAACAUGAAUAUUUUCUUGUUGCACGUUGUGAACUUGACACGAAUGGAUUUUAUGUAGAAAACAAAACCCAUGCAAGGGUGGAUCCUCUCUC